AGCGUGGUCUAUAAAUACAGAGGUACACACCAAAUCAAACCAGAACCAGCAUCUACGAUCAACCGCAACGAGAUCCAUUACGCAACGCCUAUAUCAACUACUAGAAAUCUGUUGCUGUGUACAACGUCUUAAUCAACAAUCAAUACUUCAUUUAAUCCAUCAAUUAAAGAAUACAUCACAAAAAUGGUUGCUGCAUCAGUAUAUCUCGCCAUAGUCGCAGUGGUCUUGACUGUCGCCUAUCUCAAGACAUUAUACAGGAGAAGAAGAAGCAGUGAGCCACCGAUCCCAAAAGGACAUUUUAUUUGGGGAAAUGGAGCUGACUUUUCUAAACAUGCCGUAAAAUAUCUUCACAAAACACAGAAGAAGCUCGGAGACAUCUUCACAAUCAGACUCCUUCAUCAGCAUCUUACAGUAAUUAUGGAUCCACAUUCGUACGAGUCCUUUGUGAAAGAAACAAGCUUUGACUUUGACCCGAUCCAGAAACAAGUGAACCACAAUGUGUUCAGCUUUGCUCUUAUCGAUGCAAAGAAAAUGUUGAAAGAAGCAGCUAAAAAGGUUCGCGGAUCGCAUUUACACAAAGGUAUGGAACAGUAUUCCAAGCAUUUGAACGCUACGCACAUUGGGGUAACAAGCACAGAAGGAUUUGGGCCUUCAACAGAAUGGAGAACGGACGGUCUUCGGCAGUUUAACUCCAAAACGUUAUUUGUCAGUAUGUUCUACACAAUCUUCGGCAAGGGAAAGUCCACAGACGUAUUCGAACCUUUAACCGUUUAUAAAAACUUUGACCUUUUCCACAAGUAUUUCAAUUAUCUUUGGUUGGGAAUGCCCGUGAACAUGUUCCCAAAGGCUUUAAAGGCACUGAGUGUGUUGUGUCAGCAGCCCGAAUCAGCUGAACUCUUAAGCAGAGAGGAUGUUUCAGAAUAUAUCAGAUUCUCAACGCAAUUCAUGUUAGAGAACGGACAGUCGGAACAGGACAUUAUUGGACACAACUUGGUUUACCUCCACGUAAACUACAACACUUUUAGGAUGGCGUUCUGGUCCGUGCUCUACCUCAUGCAGCACAAAGAAGCACUCCAUGCUCUGAGGGAAGAGAUUCAGGACGUCGUCGACACAAAACUCUCAAACGGAGAAGUCAACGAGGAUGGAGAGGUUGUCUUGACCCUGGAAGACGUCGACUCUAUGGUUCUAUUAGACAGUAACACGAAAGAAACAUUACGCAUGUGCAGCGGUGUCUUCAUGGUCCGUGCUAUAACCGCCGAUACGUCAUUUGAGAUGAGCAACGGUCAAAAGUACGACUUGCGUGAAGGAGACAAGGUUGCAAUGUACCCACCCACAAUUCAUCAGGAUCCAGAGAUCUUCGAAAACCCAGAGUCCUACAAACAUGACAGAUUUGUUGAUGCCAAAUUCUAUAAGUACGGCAAGGAGAUCAGAAACCCGAUUCUUUCCUUUGGAUCGCUGUGCCCUGGUAAAAAGUACGCUAUCACACAAGGAAAGUGGUUCCUAUUAUCACUCGUGUACAAAUUUGACUUUGAACUCUGUGAUGGUGAAACAACCGAGCUGGAUGUGAAAUACUAUGGACAUGAAAUUCUGCCGCCAACCAAUGACGUACAGAUCAGAUACAGGAUGAGGGAAAAUACGCACACAUUAGCUUUCAGUUCAUGAUACUUUGAACGGAAUUACGAUGGACUGCUUGGGAAAGCAAUGUGAAAGUAUAAUUGUUCCUUGUAAGGACGAUAGAGACAUGUGAACAGUGAAAAAAUGUUUUAAAUCUAAUUUAUUUUAUUUAUUGAUGUUUGAAAGGUUGUUUUGCUAAUCGGAGAGUGCUAUUAUAAUUAUUAUGAUUAUUACUAUUACUAUUAUUAUUAAUUAUUAAUUAUUACUAUAUGUGACAAUUAUUCGUCGUGGUUGUGUGUCCGCGCAGAUCAUUUUAAAAUGCCAAAGUUACAUGUAGAUGUUUAAUUGCAACAGGUCCCAUUGUCGUGACUUUUAAAUGUGCUGUUUUUUCGCAUUUUAAUUCAUUCCUCAUUCGCACUUACUGUUUAUUCUGGCACAGUUGUGAUAAUCAUAUUUCAUUGCAUGUUUUCGCCAUUUUUCAUCCAUCGAUACGGGUAAAAGUGCAAAGAAGCUAUCUCAUCACUUGAAUGAGUUGUGCGAAAAGUGUG